CCCUAUUGGAUGUUGAAAAUGCAAUCACAAGUUUCAGUGGUAAUAAAGAUAUGAGGACAAAGGUUCACCACAACCAACCCCCCUACAGAAGUCUUAAGGUUCUUACUAUUCAGAGACCAAAGGAGUCACACAGGAGUUUCAUCUGGAAGCUUUACUUUCGGUCCUGUUGAUGAUUAGGAAACCAGCAUGAUGAUGGGUUCCACCCUUCAGUGGUUGACAGCUAUUCAUAUACUGACUUUUCAACACAUAUCAUGCCUAAUUACAGAUCAAUUUAUUAGCUAUCCUCCUAAUAGUUCUGUCAUUGGAGUCAUCGGAGAAGGAGUGGUUCUGCCUUGCUAUGUGGUAGCAGAGAACAUUCCUGAGAUAUUCUCUGUCCAGUGGGUAUUUAAUGAACAGUCUCAAAAAAUACCUGUGAGCACAUAUGAUGGAAAAACUCAAAAGGAAAAGCAAGAUGAGAGAUAUCAAGGCAGAACAGAAUUGUUUCAUAGUGAAUUUGAGGCUGGAAACAUGUCUCUGCUCUUGAAGAACAUCAGGAGUUCUGACAAAGGAUCAUAUACUUGCGUGGUCUCUUUCAAUGACGAGUACCAUGAGGUGUUGAUUGAACUGAAAGUAGCAGCUAAAGGUGGUGUGCCUUCCAUUUCCCUGAGAAGUUACAUGAAACAGAGCAUUGGCCUCACCUGCCACGCAGAUGGAUGGUUUCCUGAACCUGAGGUGAUUUGGCUGGAUGGCCAAGGACAGGUCCGGAAGGAACAAUCAACCACAAAGAUGAUGAUGAUGCCUUCAGGCCUUUACAGAGUCAUAACUUCCAUGAACCUAAAGCCCGGAUCUGACAUGGAAGUCUCCUGCAGGAUAGUCAAUAAUCUGCUAAAGACAAUGAGUGAGUCCAGAAUCCUGAUUUCAGAGAUUUUCUUUCCCUCCAUUUCAAAACGGCUGAUUGUCUACCUGGUAAUUUUAUGUUUUAUCACCGUCCUAAUCUCCACUGUAUUUUGUAAACUGAGAAGUAACCAUAAGAAAACAAUUAAAUCAGUAAAAAUGAAGACAAAGAUGGAAGAAGAAAAUGAACAACUGAAGUCAAUGUUAGAACAAGAGAAAGCCACGAAUCGAAGAGCAAAAUCAAAACUCAAAGACCGCUUUGGUCAACUGAAAGCUGAGCUGGAUUUCUGGGAAGCCCGGAGCCAUGCAGUUUUCAUUACUGUGAAUCCUGACUGCCGAGUCCUAGAGCUCCCAGUGCCGGGGGCUCCAAAAGUUGAGGACACCUCAUCUGAGCCUGCUGGCCUGAACAGUCCCUCCACAGUCCCUGUCCUGGUGGGGAAGGAAGGGUUUACUGCUGGGAAACGCUACUGGGAGGUGGAGGUGGGCCAGCAGCAGGACUGGGUGCUGGGGGUUGUGAGGGAGAAAGAGGGGCAAGAGGAGGAAGGGACAAUUGCUGGUGAGGACUUCUGGGCUCUGCACAGAUCUGAGGGAGAGUUAUUCUUUAGCAAGGGAAACAGCAAGAUUGAGAAGAAGGAUAUGAGUUGUACUGUGAUUGGUGUGCUUCUGGACUUGGAAGAAGCACAAGUCAAAUUUUAUGAAGCAGAAAAGAUGAACAUUAUAGUGAAAAUCUCUAUAAGCCUUGGAAAGGAACAUGCAGAAAUGUUUUACCCAUUUUUACCUAAAAGAGAAGAAGGGGUAGUCACACCUGUUAUCCGCCCAGUCUUAAUCCCUGUCCCUUUGGAGACACUGUAGAAGGAAAGUUUGAAUCAAAUGGCUUGUAGAGUCAAGGUUCUCUUUCAGUGUGUCAGGGUGGACUAGAGGAGAGACAACAAUGUCUUAGGACAUCAGUAAUUAUCAAAUCCAGAGAGUAGUACUGUGGAACAAAACAGGAAAACCUGAAAAGAAAAAAAAAUAAAAAAGAGUAAGUAAUGAGACAAAAAUGCAGCGUCUAAGAGUAGAGAAAAAAAGUGAAGUUUGAAGCAAAGUAUCUUUUAAUAUUAUUUAUUCUCAACUAAGAGAACAUGAAAAGCCUGUAAUGACUACAUUUUGGUGGAGCAUAUGUCAAAGCUUUGUUUACA